AUUCUCAAAUCAAGCCGGGAAUUUCGUCUGUUCAAAAUUUGCUCUUUCAUUAUUGUUUUUUCGUCUGUUUCAAGAUCUCAUUUCAACUUUCACAAUGAAGUUUCGUGGGAAAAUGAUUGAUCCUAACUGCAUUAAGCAAUUCAUAGGAAUUUUAGGUUGCAUGACGAAACUUGGGAAAUCAUGCAUUCUAAGGAUCACUACCACCGACUUGUAUUUCAUUGUCCGUGAAUCCCAGACAAUUUCAACCUCUCCACUUAUUUGGUGUACUCUUGAUGAGGGUCACUUUUUUUCAGAAUUUGGAAUGGAAGGUUUAAGUACCGUUGAUAACGAAAUAUACCUUGAAUUUGUUGCAGAAAAUGUUGCAAGAACAUUGAGUGCCUUGAAAGUAUCAGGAACUGCAAAAUCAGUAAAAAUCAAACUCACAAAGAAGCUUUCUUCACCGUGUCUAACUUUUGAGAUUGACUUGCCAUCAGGUUCUAAUCAUUCACGAUUAGUUGUUCACGACAUCCCUGUGAAUUUGGUACCUAGAAGGCUUUGGAAUGACUAUGUUGAGCCAGAAGUUGUGGAUCCAGAUAUUUCAGUUCAUAUGCCACAGCUCCGUUUAAUGAAAAGCAUUAUUGAACGCAUGAAAAACCUUGCCAAUAUGGCCACUCUUCACGUCACAUCCGAAGGAUUACUUACUCUAACUGUUGAAACUGAAGCCGUUUCCGUAACUUCACACUUCGAUAAUCUACACGUCGAAAAGCAAAAGGAAGAUGAAGCUAGUGUCACCAUCGAAUUGAAACGUCUAUCAAAUUUUCUAGCUCAUGAACAGCUUAAUCCACAAAAAGUCGUUUGUGAUGUGCUGCAAUCAAAAUUGAUGCAUUUGAAUUUUCUGAGCGACAGUUACAGUUUGCAGUAUUUUCUCCCAGGGAUUAAUGACCAAUAACGAAGAAAAAAAACUUUCCUGAGUUCCCUCGAUGAUUUAUUAAAGUGGAUCGCAACUUGAACGAUUACAUAGAGGCUCACAUUUACGCGCUGAUUUCAGUACCUACAACUCACGGAAAACCAUCGUCAUCUUCUUCAGCCAUUUCCUUCGCAUAUUCCAAAUCUUGUUGUUCCCGUUCGCGACGUUCCUAUAAGAAAAAUUUAAUCUGUUUUUUACCAUAGCCCAAUACAUAAAACGCAGAUAAUUCAUGUCUGAUAGAUCUACAGUUUUAGAUUUUAAAUUACACAGUUGCAUUUGGUUUCACGCCAAGGAAUUCGAUAUUGAGUAACGCCGUUGUAUUCACAAUAUUGCUUCUUAUAAUCAACUCAUUUUUUCCUGCAAUUAAUCGAACGAAAUUAGUUUGGGGUUACCUCUGCUGAUUCCAAAUCUUUGUUGUAUGCCUUGGGAGGGAAGCGCAUAGCUUUGACGCUUUGAUUAUGAAUCUGAAGGCAGAAGGUGAUUCGCUGGUGGAAAGCCAGCUGAGGCUCCUUGGUGCUGUAGACGUCAAUACUCUCCUUACUCUGCAUAAAUUUUCCUUCGUGGUCUAACCAAGCUUCGAUAACUCCGUCACGAAUGGCCUUGGCAACAAUGAAUUCAGCAUCUUCGG